AUGCCACUGCAUGCGAAUGCUACCGCGUCAAGGCACGUCACACACUUUACUUUCCUCGAGUCGCAACAACGUAAGCCGGAAUCACUUAAGAAAAGCAGGGUGCAUUAUCUAGAAACAGAGGGCAAGCGCACCCAGCUGCAUAACAAGGAACACCAGUUAGGCUCUGGCGUGACAAAACAACCCGGCCAAAAGAGAGAAAAAAGCAAAAACCCAAGUGCCACCGGAACCCAAGCCCUGGGGACGGGACAAUCGCCGUUCAAGGGCCACUGGCACCAAUCGAGGCAUCGUAUCGUGUGUCCUGAGAAAAGCGCUCAAAUCUUGACUCGAGGCUCCAUUUUGUGGCAGCUGUCAUGGCCGCUGGCCGCUGCUGGGCGUUGGCCGCUGCCAGUGGGCGCUGGCCGGGACAGUCCCCGCCCUUAUGCCAUUCAGCUCCGCUCCCGCCGCUCCCUUACCUCUAUUGGCAUUCGCAACCACCGCGAUGCACUCGCCGUUUACUUUCGCUGGAUACGCCAACGAUACUAUAUUGCGCAAACCAACACGGAACAUGAGCUGGUCUUGCCAGCUGCGGAGUCCGUGGCAGCUACGUGCGACGUUGCGGACGGCCAUGACAGCCAUGACCCUGCAGCAACUGUGGGGAUACAGUUUGACACGGAGAGGAUCAAUGUGGAGUUGCUGGGUAUCAGUGUAAGCCCUGAUGAUGAUGUGCCCUAUCCCAACGAGCUUGAUCUCCUUGGCUGA